UAAUUUCAUUUUUUUUUUUAAUAUUUUUGAGUUUUGCUUGUUAUUUUCAUUGGUAUCUUGAUGGUAAACUUCACCAUUAUAUUUUGUUUUGUCUUGCUUGCAGAAUUUUGUAUAUGUUUUAUAUAUUUUUAAGCCGUGGAUUGCGUAAUUGGAUAACUAUUUUUAAUUUUAUGAUUUGUUUUGUUUGUUUAUUUAUUUAUUGGGUAACUAUGAUAAGGUUGGGGUUCAUUGUAUGUUUUGCACUUUGCAGUUCUGAUUUUGGGUUUUCUGGAAUGAAGGUAAGAAUUUGUGAUUUCAAUUUUUUAAUUUUUUUUGGGAUUUUUCCCUUAGGGAUUUUCUGAAAAGUCCAUGUCUGAGUUUGAUUGCAGAAUGUAGGUGGAAUGAGAAUGGUUAGGAAGAGAAUAAUCACUUUGUGGAAGCUUUUCUGCACAUUGAUUGUGCUUAAAAUAAUAGUGUUUUUGAAUAUGGUUAUGGAAUCUUGUUGAUGUUUUAGUUUGUAUUUGGAAUGGUUUCAUUUGCAUUGUUUUGCUUUUAAUUUCCAGUGCUUGAUUUGUUUCUCUGAUCUUUCAUUUGCGAAAAACAAAUAGCUUAUUUCAAUAAUGCUACGCUACUACUUUGCAAGCUGAGUUUUCAUUUGAAGAUUUUAAAAACACUAGGAGAGAAAAUCUUUAGACUGUUUAGUCCUUCAUUUUCUGGAUACAUGGGAAGUAUCUCGGUAUUGAUCAUAAUAAUAUAUUUGUUCUGCUGGGAAAAUGUACCUGGCUAAUUUGAACUGUGUUGGCAUUUUCGUAAUGUAUUUUAUUUAAAAUAAGAGGGUCUGAAUCACUUCAGAUUUGAGUAUGAUCAUUAUCAGUUUCAUUUUCGCUUAUGUAAAAUUUAUUCUUUUGUUAUAAACAAAAUUAUCAGCUUCAUGUUUAUAUCCAACUGUUACCUGUGGACAGGUUCUAUAUAGCAAGGAGACAUCUAUUUUUUUGGUUUGCUGAUACCUUACUUUAUUAUGCAACAUGGAGUCCCGAUUAGUUGAUGGAAAUGAUGGGAUGGAAGUUUCUGGGGAUGUUGGUUUGAGUACGAUUGAAAUUCAGAUACAUCAAGAAACAUAUGCAGUGGAUCCAAAUGAGGGGUGUAGAGUGCUAGAGGGUUCCUCUGGAAGAGAGUUGGUCAUCUUUGAUGACCAUGCUAUUCAGGAACCAUAUGAAGGCAUGGAGUUUGAAUCUGAAGAUGCUGCUAAGAUAUUCUAUGAUGAAUAUGCCCGACGUGUAGGAUUUGUCAUGCGUGUUAUGUCUUGUCGACGCUCAGAAAGAGAUGGUAGGAUUCUUGCCCGCAGGCUUGGAUGUAAUAAGGAGGGUUAUUGUGUCAGCAUCCGAGGGAAAUUUGGGUCAGUUCGUAAACCAAGGGCCAGCACAAGGGAAGGUUGUAAGGCGAUGAUUCAUAUCAAAUAUGAUAAGUCUGGAAAAUGGGUGAUAACAAAAUUUGUGAAGGAUCAUAAUCAUGAACUAGUAGUCUCUCCACGUGAAGCACGUCAAACCAUGGAUGAGAAGGAUAAGAGAAUUCAGGAAUUAACAGCAGAGCUUCGGAAUAAAAAACGGUUGUGUGCAGCAUAUCAAGAACAUUUAACUUCUUUUAUGAAAAUUGUUGAAGAACACAGUGACAAGCUGUCUGCGAAAAUUCAUCACGUGGUUAAUAAUCUUAAAGAGUUUGAAUCCAUAGAAGAGCUUUUGCACCAGACGUAGCCCUGAAUUAUGCCGCGGGGUGACCACUAACUUGUAUGUAAAAUUCUGUGUCAUGUUCAAAGGAUGGCCCUUUUAUCCUUCAUAAAUGGAGAAGCUGAUUCAGUGAUGAAUACUUGGUAAGACAAGCUUUGUGGCAUAGAAAUGGCAACCAUAUCUUCAAACAGUGAAGUUUGAUAACCUGUCAGAAUAUAUAUGCUGCAAAAGCUAAAAUACUGUUGUGACAUUUUGUCAGUAACACAGAAAUUGGUUACAUACAUACCUUUACGCCUCACAGUGCGAUUUAAUCUUGUAUUAGCUCUUUUCCUUUUUUCUUUUUGUUAGAGGAAAAUGUAUACAAUAAAAUUAUGACUUGCUUAGCUUAAAAAGUAUAGGACAAAUGUGCUGGAAUGAUUUUCCCUCUUACAAGCUAUCGUGUCAUGUAAUCCUUCUUUCUUUGUAAAUAUUUGUGAAUAUAGUUUUGGGAACAUUUGAAAAAUAAUAGU